AUGGAACAAAAGUAUUUUAUGAAGCAUGUGUAUCUGCUGAGUGACCACGAUGGCAAACGAGAGGCCGGGGGUCCUUACGGGCAAUCCCAGCCCAGCUGCUUCAACCGCGUGAAGAUGGGCUUUGUCACGGGUUGUGCUGUGGGCAUGGCAGCCGGGGCACUGUUCAGCACCUUCUCCUGUCUCAGGAUUGGAAUGCAGGGUCAGGAGCUGAUGGGCGGCAUUGGGAAAACCAUGAUGCAGAGUGGUGGCACCUUUGGCACAUUCAUGGCCACCGGAAUGGGCAUACGAUGCUAA